UUACAAACAAAAGAAAAAUGCAUGAUACAGGUUUUUCAUGUUGCUGUGGUCAGAGCGAGUGUGCUCGUUUACAGGAAUUUAACGAAUGUUUUAAAAAGACGGAGAACGACGCACGUUUAGCAGCAGAAUUUGGACAAGCACUUUUACAAGAACAAGACAGCGAGUUACAAUACAAUCUAGUAAAGGACAAUUAUCAUGAAUUAAAGCAAUUACGAUGGGAAAAUAAACAAUCAAAUGAGAUGAUUCAAAUGUUGACGUUGAAUACACUGGAAUUGAAAAAACAGAUGCAAGAAUACAAAGAGAAAAAUAAAGUUUGUGAACGAUUAUUAUCAGUCAAAACCAAAAGUGAAGAGAAUCUCAAGACACAGAUUUCGGAUUUAAAGCAAGAAUUAUCUCAAUUGAGAAAAGCAGAGAAUAACAUGACUAGCAAAUAUAAACGACUUCAUCAGGGCCAUGAAACACUUAAAUUAACACACGAGGCACUUGUACAAGAACAUGAUGGUUUCUUGCUCAGACAGAGAUCUAAGACACCACCACCCCCUUUCAUAUCCCCAUCACCCUCCCCACCACCACCACAAGCACCACCAGCAGCAGCAGCAGCAGCAGCACCAGUACAAAUAAUGCAAUCCAAAGUCAUUCCACAACCGCAUGUGACAGUCACGGAUCCUUUCCAAUCACUCCAUGCGGUAACACAACAAACAUUGGAUAAAAUUAAUGCAACCGAUACACGAGUCCUGAACCGUCGAUUAAAAAGGGUGUUUGACAUGUCUGAAUUAAGCGACCUGAGUAAUUCGAUCCUUAGUCAUAUCUCGAAUGAUCUCAAAGAUUUCCAAGAUCAAUUCGAUUGGGUGGACGAGAAAGACAACCACUUUUUCCCCUUGGUGAUGGUGAUUGAAGCGCAUUAUACAACCUAUGCUCUCUGCGUAUCACCAACAGCGACAUUUAUCAAGGCUAGAAAAUGAAAAUAAGAAGAGCUUUAUGAAAAACUUACUAUCCAUAUUUACGUAUAUUAAAUAAACAAAAACAAAUAAUAAUAAUAAUAAAAAAAAGGAGAGAUAGAGAGAGGGGGUAUAGUUUAAAGUCCUUGAGAGAUAAAAUCCCAGAUUCUCUUGGUCG